GCUCAGUGUUCCUGCACAUCAUGGAUGUUGCACUAAAGUUGUUGCUGCUGGCAGCUCUGACUCUGCUGGUUUCUGCUCAGACACCCACUGACUACAGACACCUGUCUAUUACAUUACAAAAACACAUUGACAAAGCGCUGGAAGAAGGGAACCGUAGAUUUGGAAAGGAUCAUCAUGUUGAUUUUCAUUCAUUCUUAAAAGCUCCAAUGACUAUGCAGAGCAGCCUGAAUGUUAAUGUCCUUCUGAAAGUCACAACAUGCAAGAAGACUGAUAAGAACGCAUAUAAGCAUCGACAUGAAUGUGAUACUCAAAAAGAAAAAACGCCCUGGAUCGACUGUCUUGUCUGUAAAACGACAAGUAAAACAGAACUGGUUCACUGUGCCAUAUGGAGAGAAGUACUUCAUGGAAAGCACCAGGAAAUUCGAAAAACCUGUGACGUUAAUCACAUUGGAAAAUCAAGCAUAAUGGCCCAAAAAAUGCCGAAUGACAAUACGAAGCAGGCUGGAUGUCUUGGAUGUAUUUAAAGCUGCACAACUCUUUCUAUAUACAUCUAUACACAUACAAGUUCUUACUAUAUAGAUAUGCACGUAGUUACAUACAAUAGUUAGGGAUAAUUAACUAAAAAUGUAAUUGUGAACUAACUUAAUUUUUUAAACUAAUGGCAAACUUACUUGUUCUAGCAGAAGUGAAAAUUAAUAUUGUAUGCAUAAACAGGAAAUCUGAGUUCAGAGUACACUGUUGAAAAACUAAAUUAUAUUUAAUUUGCUACAUUUCCUGAUUUGAUUCUCACAUUUGUACUCAAUAAGUGUGUUAUCAUAGUAUAUAGUUCUUUUGUACCCAGGUAAAACCUGGUAAAGUAAAAUAUUUCUUUUCUGCAUGGCCUUUACGUGAAGUGUUUUAACAGUCAUAAUGACAAAGGACAAAAUGUGUGGGGCCGGAUCAUGGAUAUCUCAAUAGCCUGAAUUUAAAAAUACAUUGCAGUCUUCAAGAGCCACCUGAACUCUAAUGUUGUGUGCCUCAUACACUAUUAUCAAAUCAAAGUACAAGAGGCAAUUUGCCCUAAAGCCACCUUUUAGUGAACGGUAGAUAUGUGCACUGGUUAAAUAAAUAAAAAGUUAAAGUGUAACUGCUAUCGUCCAAAUAUGUGAUAUUGACCACCUCUUUAAAUAUUGACAACAACUACAAUUAUGACUACUCUAUUUCCUAAUUUUUAUGAUAUUGUAUUUGUGGCUGUUCAAAUGUAACAUUAACCCUGUCACUGUUACUUAAUACAAUUUUAGAAUACUACUAUUAUUAUUUUGCUUGUAAAACUGUCUAAGGUUACCUUGAACAUUUGUUUCCAUAGAUCCAGAUUAAAUGUCAAUCUUGUUUGUCAUUCAUCCUUCUCAUAACAUGGUGGACAUAC